AUGGAUGCCUUGCAACUGGCAAACUCUGCUUUUGCAGUUGACCUGUUCAAAAAACUCUGUGAAAAGGAGCCAGCAGGCAAUGUCCUCUUCUCUCCAAUCUGUCUCUCCACCUCCCUGUCACUUGUUCAAGUAGGAGCCAAAGGUGACACAGCCAAUGAAAUUGGACAGGUCCUUCAUUUUGAAAAUGUAAAAGAUGUGCCCUUUGGAUUUCAAACAGUAACGUCAGAUGUAAAUAAACUUAGUUCCUUCUAUUCGCUGAAACUAAUCAAACGGCUCUAUGUAGACAAAUCUCUGAAUCCAUCUACAGAGUUCAUCAGCUCCACGAAGAGACCCUAUGCAAAGGAGAUGGAAACUGUUGACUUCAAAGAUAAAUUGGAAGAAACGAAAGGUCAGAUCAACAACUCAAUUAAGGAUCUCACAGAUGGCCACUUUGAGAACAUUUUAUCUAACAACAAUGUAAAUGACCAGACCAAAAUCCUCAUGGUUAAUGCUGCCUACUUCAUUGGAAAGUGGAUGAAGAAAUUUCCUGAAUUGGAAACCAAAGAAUGUCCUUUCCGAGUCAACAAGACGGACACCAAGCCAGUGCAAAUGAUGAAUCUAGAAGCCAUGUUCUGCAUGGGCAACAUUGACAGUAUCAACUGUAAGGUCAUAGAGCUCCCCUUUCAAAACAAGCACCUCAGCAUGCUCAUCCUGCUGCCCAAGGACGUGGAGGAUGAGUCCACAGGCCUGGAGAAGGUUGAAAAACAACUCAACUCAGAGACACUCUUGCAGUGGACCAAUCCCAGCACCAUGGCCAAUACCAAAGUCAAACUAUCCAUUCCAAAAUUUAAGGUGGAAAAUAUGAUUGAUCCCAAGGCUAGUCUGGAAAACCUAGGGCUGAAAAGUACCUUUGAUGAGAGUACAUCUGAUUUCUCUGGAAUGUCAGAGACCAAGGGAGUGGCGCUCUCCAAUGUUAUUCACAGAGUGUGCUUAGAGAUAAGCGAAGAUGGUGGGGAUUCCAUAGAGGUGCCGGGAUCAAGAAUCCUACAACACAAAGAUGAAUUCAGGGCCGACCACCCAUUUAUUUUCAUUGUCAGGCACAACAAAACUCGAAACAUCAUUUUCUUUGGCAAGUUCUGUUCUCCUUAA